AUGGCCAUGGAGCGCACUCGUAUCGCGAAGGUUGUUGACGACGUGACCCUCUCGCGCCGUGGAAUCCAGGUCAACGGAACGUUGCAUCUGACACCUCAUCACCUCAUCUUUGUCCACGCCGCUCCUCCCACCGCCGACGGCAAGCCGACUCGACCCCGAGAAAAUUGGAUAACGUACCCCAUCAUUCACUUCUGUACCUUCCGACCAAGUCCCACGGCCUCCCGACAGCCCUCGUCCAUCCGCCUCCGCUGCCGCGAUUUCACGUUUUAUUGCUUCUACUUCAAUGACGAUCGGAAAGCCAGGGAUGUAUACGACAGCGUCAAAGCUUGGACGUGCAAGUUGAGCGGGAUCGAAAAACUGUAUGCAUUUUCAUAUCAUCCGACCGGACCGGAGAAAGAUGUGGGCGGCAGGGGCUGGUCACUUUAUGAUCCCAUGCGGGAGUGGAGGCGAAUGGGUCUCGGUGACGAGAGUCGCAAGACAAAUUGGAGGAUCUCGACCAUCAACAAGGAUUACAGCUUCUCUCCGACGUACCCUGCCGUCCUCGCCGUCCCGGCAAAUAUAUCAGAUAACACUCUGAACUAUGCAGGGCGAUAUCGCUCCAGAGCGAGAAUACCGGUUCUGACUUAUCUUCACCCAGUCAACGAUUGUACCAUUACUCGUUCAUCUCAGCCACUUGUCGGGGUAAGAGGAAACCGGAGCAUUCAGGAUGAAAAGCUCGUGGCGGCAAUUUUCAAUACGACCAGGGCUGAACGACCACUCUCUGCUUACAACUCUCCGCCGCCGGAAAGGGAGGAUUCUGGGUCUAGCAAAGACACCAACUGCGCCGUGGUUUUGGAUAAUGAAGUCUCGCAGGCAGACGCCGAGGCCGUUGAAGAUGCCAUCAUUUCCAGGUUUCGUGGAGACGAUGACGCGCCGGAAGGCUCAGAAGACAGGAGGCCCAUGGUUUACGGAGCACAGCAGCGAAAUAUGAUUGUGGAUGCUCGUCCCACCAUCAAUGCGCUGGUUAUGCAGACCCAGGGCAUGGGCUCUGAGGACAUGAGUAACUACAAGUUUGCUACCAAGGCAUACCUGGGUAUCGACAAUAUUCAUGUCAUGCGAGAUAGUCUCCAGAAAGUUAUCGAUGCGUUCAAGGAUUCGGAUCUGACACCCUUGGGCCCAAAUCAGGAGUUGCUGCAGAAGAGCAAUUGGUUGAAACACAUUGGUCUUAUACUGGAUGGCUCGGGACUAAUCGCUCGACAAGUCGGGUUGCAACACAGCCACGUCUUAAUUCACUGCAGUGAUGGCUGGGACAGAACAAGCCAGCUGUCAUCUAUCAGCCAGAUAUGCCUUGAUCCGUACUACCGGACGAUGGAAGGGUUCAUGGUACUGGUCGAAAAAGAUUGGCUCAGCUUCGGUCACAUGUUCAAACACCGUUCGGGAUUUCUGAACUCAGAGAAGUGGUUCCAGAUCGAGAACGAGCGGAUCAGCAGGGGGAGCGAGGAUGUGGAUGGCAAGGAAGAGAAGAGCGGUCCCAUAGCGACCUUCGAAAACGCAUUCUUGACCGCGAAGGGAUUCUUCUCCAACAACAAGAACAACGAGUCGAGAGAGUCGAUCAAUGUUGACUCGGACGCGGACAUGCCUGGCAACUAUGACUCGGAGUCGCAAUCAGGACGACGGAUCGUGUCUGGGGCGGGGAAGAAGGAGAAAGAGAAGCCCGUCACAAAGGUCAAGGAGACAUCCCCAGUUUUUCACCAGUUUUUGGACGCAACGUAUCAGUUGCUGUACCAAUAUCCGACCCGCUUCGAGUUUACUGAGCGGUUCCUUCGACGUCUCCUCUUUCAUCUAUAUUCCUGCCAAUACGGAACAUUCCUCGGCGACAACGAAAAGCAACGCAAAGAAGCUCGACUCAGUGAGCGCACUCGAAGUGUGUGGGAUUAUUUUCUCGCCCGCAAACAGGAGUUUCUGAACCCAAAAUACGAUCCGGUGAUCGACGACAAUGUUCGUGGCAAAGAACGCCUCAUCUUCCCCAAACCCGACGAGGUGAGAUGGUGGAAUGAACUCUUUGGCCGCACGGACGACGAAAUGAAUGCCAAACCCCAACCCCUAGUCAAACCGCAGACUAAUGGUGCAAGUGAAGGGGGAGGGACCGAGCUGUGGAUGUCUGUCUCGGACGCUGGUGGGUCACAGGCUGACUACUCAUCCUCUGUUUCGGCACCUGUUUCCAGGGCUAGGACCCCUGUGCUUGUAGGUUUGGAGACGAGUGAAGCGAGUGUCGGAUUGACCAAUUCUCUUUCGGCGAAGUUGCAUUCCAGGGUGAAUGAGCCGACGGCGGAUAGGGCGAGGGGGCCUGUGCCAUCUGGAUCUGCUCUUGACUCAUCGCGGUCGGGAUCACGGGCGGCUUCGCCAAUGCCGAGAGAAUCGGUUUCGAGAUCCAGAACGCCCGUCCCCAUUGCUUCAUCACCGAAACCGGAAUGGAGGGGCUCCAAAGGUCCCCAGGACGAGUUCACGAUGAGGAAAGACCGUGACGACGACGUGAAAACGAGCGACCGCCUUCGAGCCGUUAAGGACGACUCGGCUGCGACCAAUAUUCUUUCCACAUCAGAUCAAAGCACAGUCAUGAUUCACCAUUUCCCGCACGGGCAGCAAGCACAAGCGGCCCCGUUACCAGCGAGCCCGACUUUGUCUCCCGCCAUCAAGCCACAGGAACUGGUUGAGGAUAGGUCUGGACAGAUGGGAGAAGGCCAAAAGCAGGAUCAGGACACGGAGGGGAACAGAGAGGCAGAACAAGAGGGCAAUGAUGUUGAAGUUAGGGAUCCUGCCGAGACGUUGGUGGAUGACCUAGAUCCCUUGGGUAUUAGCGAGGCCAAAGACAUCCCGAUGGCGCAGCAGAGUCUGUCAAUGUCCAUGCGCGCGAGGAGGAGAGAGCAGAUGGAGUUGUUGAUGAAGUGA